UUUCUUGAUCUUGACCAAAAAUACUGAGGGGAUUCAUGAUCUCUGUGCCACCCUUAUUUGGUUUAUCUAAUCGGAUUGGUAAGAAUUUCCCAAUAAUCUGCUUAGAUGUGUCUGGUCUAAGGCGGAGACCCACCUUUCUUCUGAAGACGGAAAUAAUACCUCCACUUAACCUUGGGCCUCUGUACUUUGAUGGAAAAACUCUGAGAUAUUAUACAGUCUUGCUAAUACUUUUUCACUUCAGGGAAGGUACCUUUUUGUUCCUGGAAGCUCUGGCAUACAGAAUUCUUCCACUGGUAACAACACUGAGUCAUGCAAUAAUUUCCUCCUUUUCUGUUGACCUGGCCUGUUGUUGGGAGGAAACACAGGUACAUGGGGGAACAAUGCACAGCAUCAUCUCUAGCCACCAAGCUGGGAUCUGAUAGUUAAGCAUAGCAAACUAAACUGUUGAUGCGCUUCUGCCACAGUGACAUCCAUCAUAAAUCCACUUUAAAAUGGGUAUGACAGUGGGUAUAUGGUUUUUUUUCUUUAUUGACACCAAAAAAAAAGAAAAAUAAGGAAGCUUAGUUUAUAGUUAAGAUUGUGUAUUAAACCUGAAGAUGACAAUGGUUAAAUGAAAUCAAUUCUGCCUGAAAGUGCAGUCUAUAUAAGUUUGAAGGGAUUUGAUACAUCUGAAGGUAAGUUUAGUUGUUGUCAUGCUUAUCAGGUGGACCAUUCUUGUAAUGCUGUGGUUUUUUUCAUAGGUGACACUACCGUAUGCAGUUCUUCACAAGACACUACUUGAAAUAUUUUGAUAAAAUGAGAUGCUUGCGGAAACGAUCAGCAGUGUCGUUCUUAGGAAUCCUUGUUGUUUGCUUGCUGUUCAUGAACUUGUACAUUGAGGAUAGUUAUGUUUUGGAAGGGGACAAGCAGUUAAUCAGAGAAACAGCCACGCACCAGCUCAACCCAGAGCGUUAUGUUCACAGUUUUAAAGAUUUGUCUAAUUUCUCAGGAUCUAUAAACAUUUCCUAUCGCUACCUAGCUGGCACACCUUUGCCAAGGAAAAGGUAUCUUACAAUUGGACUAUCAUCUGUAAAACGGAAAAAGGGAAACUACUUGCUCGAGACCAUCAAGUCCAUUUUUGAGCAGUCAAGCUAUGAUGAACUCAAAGAAAUUGCAGUGGUAGUACAGCUGGCAGAUUUUGACUCAGCCUGGUGCGAAGGGAUGGUCCAGGAUAUUUCACAGAAAUUUGCACAUCACAUAAUUGCAGGCAGAUUAAUAGUUAUUCAUGUCCCUGAGGAUUACUAUCCUGUACUGGAUGGCCUUAAGAGAAAUUACAAUGACCCCGAGGACCGCGUGAAGUUUCGAUCAAAACAAAAUGUAGAUUAUGCUUUCCUUCUAAACUUUUGUGCUAAUCUUUCUGACUAUUAUGUGAUGCUGGAAGAUGAUGUUCGCUGCUCAAAGAAUUUUUUGACUGCUGUUAAGAAAGUAAUUACCUCACGAGAAGGAUCCUACUGGGUGACACUGGAAUUCUCCAAGCUGGGGUACAUUGGAAAGCUUUACCAUUCCCAUGACCUACCACGCCUGGCCCAUUUUCUAUUGAUGUUUUACCAAGAAAUGCCUUGCGAUUGGUUGCUCAUCCACUUUCGUGGGCUGUUAGCUCAAAAGGAAGUGAUACGUUUUAAGCCAUCUCUCUUCCAGCACAUGGGAUACUACUCUUCUUACAAAGGAGCAGAAAAUAAGUUAAAGGAUGAUGAUUUUGAAGAGGAAUCCUUUGAUAUCCCUGACAACCCACCUGCAAACUUGCACACCAAUAUGAAUGUAUUUGAAAACUAUGAGGCAAGCAAGGCUUACAGCAGCAUUGAUGAGUACUUCUGGGGCAAAGCUCCUUCUACUGGAGACUUCUAUGGGAUUGUAUUUGAAAAGCCCAUUAAAAUCAGUAAAAUUAAAGUUGUCACUGGAACUGAAGAUCGGCAGAAUGACAUUUUACAUCAUGGGGCCCUGGAAGUAGGUGAAAAGAUUGUAGGCAGUAAAAAAGGAAGACAAUGUACGACUUACUUGAGACUAGGGGAGUUCAAAAAUGGGAAUUUUGAAAUAACAGAUGUAGAGCACAAAGUUCUGUUUGAUAUUAACUGCAUGAGAAUACUUGUUACUAAAAGCCAAAAAGAAUGGCUGAUCAUUAGGAGCAUUAGUGUCUGGACUUCUCAAACAGCAAAUCAAUAGAGUGAGGCCACCUGAGAAUGUACAGAGUGCAUACAAUCAACUGGGUCACAACUGGUGCCACUCCCCAGCAAAACAGACACUUCAGCUCUUCACUAGAGACACAGAAUAUCUGGGGAAAUCACAAAACGAGUAAAGCAAUUUAUUUUUUACCAGUUUGGUCAGGCAAUAUACAAACAUUUAUUUGUUGAAAAUUUUAAAUUUUAUAGAAAAAAGGUUCUCAAACCUCUCUUGAGAUCUUUAAACCCUUUUUUUAUUAUUAUUUCUCUGUAAGAGAGAUCUUGUGGACUAUACAGAACAAAAAAAUCCGUCUUAUAACUGCCAAAACAUUUAAAUCUAUGGCCAUUAUAUUGUGAAAAGAAAUUGGAUUGCAUCUUAUGCACAUAAAAAUUUAAAAUCUUUUGGUAGUAUGCAUUUGUAUUGUAGUUAGUAAUGUGUUUCUUUUCCAGGCAGUUGUGACAAGGAGAUCUGUCCUGAAACUGGCAGUUUACUUCCGAGCACUGUAAGAAAAUAAUAUGGCUAGUCAUUGCAACUUCUUGUCAAAAGGGAAUGUAUAAAAUUAUAAAUCUGACAUGACAAUUAUGUAAAAAAAUAGAUAAUUGCAUCUGUU